GCGCAGAGCCUUCGAGUUAGGAGCCGUGUUAGAGAGGACUUCAAGCCCAUCCUACCAAGACAGCUACGACUUGCGAGGCAAUAACUCUAGUACCGUGAGCUAGUGCGUCAAUCUGCCUAGCUAGUACGGUAGUAGACAGUAUAGUUCCUGGAUAAAUCCCUCUGACUAAGAAACUCUGUCUAGCAGAUCUUGUUGUGGCUCCGGCAGAUGGCGUCGGGAACCCUACUAGUAGUCGGAGACAGCCCGAGGCGUUUCUUCCCGCCAAUUAAAAUCGACCGGGGGACCGCCGACAGCAGCGUUUCAUCGCCAAAAUCGCCUCUCGAGCGCCAGCUCAGCUCUCUCACGCCGUCUCCCUCGUUCGACGAACGCGAGUUGACCCUUAACCCGCCGAGCCCAGCCACCGAGGGAGCCGAGUCCACGUGGCACUUCCGUAACUCUGUUAGUUAUAGCUUCCAGCCAUCGGAAGGAGCAGAGGCGCCAACGCAAGCGGAUAAGACCGCGCAUCGCGCCCCGCCGACCCAUUCCACCUCCCCGUCAUUCGUGGUUGAUUUCUUCUCCGCUGCGUCGCGAACGGUGCGUGAUCUGCUGUCGGGGGAGGGGAACAUCAGCGGCGCGGGGAAUGGGGGGAGGCGCAAUCGCGGAACGCUGCUGGUAUUCGACGGCUUCACUACCGAACCUUCUGCGGAGAACGCGGAAAGAGGCGACGGUUGCGACGCGGAAAGAUGCGGCGGCGAGAAUGCGGUUACUAUCGCGAAUGCGGAAAGGCAUCCGCGAGAAGCCCACGCACGAGCGACAGCCGACUGUCGCGAACUUACGUACGCUCGCGAAGUUACAGAUUCUCGCUCAGCUGUUUUGUCAACGACGCCGGAAGCCGUCGCUGCGAAAACUGCUAGCAGCAGCAGCAGCGAAACGCCGGUUUCGACCGAACGCGCGUCGGCCAACCAGGGCUCGGCGAAAUCAGGCUGGGAAAUAGCGGCGGGGAAAGCCGCGACGGGUCCCCAGGGCGCUGCGCUCAGGCAGCGCAGCCUGCGAUGGAGCGCGGCGACGACGGAGCAGCGGAGAGGAGAGGUUUGCGCGCUUGGCGGCGGGAUGCAUGGCGCGGAGUAUGGAGACGGGAACAGGGACCUGAGCGGAGUUGACGAAAGUAGGGUUACAGAUACGACGACGACGAGUGCUACAACGAACAGAAAUUGCGACGAAACUGGAGCUGGUAACCAGAGCGUGGCCGGAGUUGAUGGUUCUGAUAGCGGCGUUGACAGAUGUGCUAAUGGCGGGAGGGACGGAAGCAGCACGUAUAGCGUUGGGGCUGUAAGCACACGGCGACAGGAUCGACCUCGAUAUAAUCGCAAUCACGCGCAUUCCAAUAGAAGCGCUCGACCCAGAAAGAUUUCUCCUGUACCGCAGAGCUGCGUUGGCGGUUGGGAUUCGUGCAACGACGACGGGAAACACAGUAACGGCGACUUCGCGAAAGACUUUCCGUGCACUCACACCUUAGUGAAACGACCCGUUUCAGCCACGUCAACUUCGGUUCUGUUGAAACCGUAUGCCGACAUCGCGUCCAGAUUCGUUGUACACCAUCGGGAGAUUGGGAGCGGGCAAUACGGAAGCAUCCGAAAAUGUUUGGAGAUUGAAACCGGGCGGGUGUACGCGUGCAAGACGAUCAAGAAAAAUCAGAUAAAGGGUUCGGAGGAAGCGGAUGACAUUAGGCGGGAAGUGGCGAGCAUGUGGGUGGCACGUGACCAUCCUCAUAUAGUCACACUUCUUGACACGUUUGAAGACAGAAAGGCUGUUCACCUUGUCAUGGAGCUAUGCAGAGGUGGCGACCUCUUCGAUAGAAUUACAAAACUGGGGCCAUACUCUGAACCCUCCGGAGCAAAGCUCUGCCAAUCCCUCACCCACGUCGUGCUGCACUGCCAUUUAAACGGAAUUGUACACCGCGAUAUAAAACCCGAAAACAUCCUCCUUAAAAACUCUUCAGACGACACGAAUAUACUACUUGCGGAUUUCGGAGCAGCAGCUUUUGCGACUGAAGGGGAGGUGAUUAAAGAGGUGGUGGGUACACCUGAGUACAUGGCACCUGAGAUGUGGGGAGCAGUCUUUGAUGAUUCAAAUAAGCUGCUCUCUACACCUCGGGAACAUGGAGUCGAGUAUAAUUCUGCAGUGGAUGUGUGGAGCAUGGGUGUGGUUAUGUACGUGGCAAUGAGUGGUGUACCGCCGUUUUGGGCUACAGUGGAGCGUACUGUAGCCAAAGCGGUGCUUACACGGCCAGUGGUUUUCCGACCAGCCAAGUGGGGAGGGGUGUCGGAGGAGUGCAAGGAGCUUAUAGAGAGGAUGCUGGAGAAGGACUGGAGGAAGCGCAUCACCCCUGUGGAGAUACUUGAACAUCCAUGGAUUGUGCAACAUGUUGGCAAGCAUAAGUGAGCCCGUUGGUCAGCAGCAGCACUGACAUCGCUUCCCCGAGCAGAGCUGGUCGUGACUCAUAAGGAUUACAUUUCUUCAGUAUUGUUGUACCUGGUACCGUAAUCCCCCGGAUAUAAGCGCUGCCGUUUAUUUAGCGCCAUGGCCCUUAUAGAGUGUAAGAGCGCUUAUAUAAAAAAUCCGAUUACAAUCG